AGUUUUCUAUUUAAAUAAUAUUUUUAACAUGACUGAAAAAUGUUGAACGCAUCAGAAGUGACCAAAUCGUGAAUUUUAACUUGUUCGUCAGCCAGAAGUUUCCGUUUCUCUUUAGUUUCUUCAUCGCGAUUUUUGCUACUUGGCUCCAAAAUCCCUCCUUUUUCUUCUUUCUCACUUGCAUCAUUAGCUCACGAUUUCGAGUAUCGAUUCAACCAUUUUGAUCUUCAAUCUAUCUUAGGGUUUCUCCUUAAUUCUUCUCUCGGAUUUUAGCUCUUCUCGACUAUUACUCACCUCUCUCAUGGCGAUGAGAGGUGUCGAUUUCAAGUGGUACGAUGGGUUCUUCUUGUCGAUGCUUGCGACUAGUGUGUAUCCUUAUGCUACUUGGAUUCUGUCAAAUUUGUUUUUUUUCUUUUUCGGUUUUGUUCUUGUUUGGAUCGAGCUGAGAAUUCUCAUUCUUAAAGCUAAUUCUCCACCAUUCGAUAUAAGAUUUGAUGAUCGAGAUACAGUUGGUUAAUCAGAAGAAAAAAGUUUAUUUCUUUGAAGAUCCGAUUGAUUAGUUUUGGUUCUUGUGGGAUAGGUGAACUGGAUUUUGUUUUAUUAGGGUUUAAGGUGAUCUAGAUAACCUCUCCAUUUCGUUUCCUUAAUGGUUAUUUUGCGUCGUAGAAUCAUUGUAGCUGUCAACUGGAACAGAUAUCGAGCUUGUGAAUACCCGUUGCAUAUAUGGAUUGUGGUAGCUGCCUCAGUUCUAUUCUUUUUGUUGCUCUUUCUUAUUAUCAGUUUCAGUUUCAUUUGUGUUUGUCUCCUAUGACUUCAGGUCGAUUACACCACCGUCUUUAUCUUCCGUGUCUUCAUGUUUGUUGACAAUGGUCUUGCUUCUGGACUUGGCUUGGAUUUUGGAAGUCAACAGCGGAACGCCAUGUUUUGUGGGAGAGUGGUUGUCCUGUCUGUCCUAUCUCUGCUGCUGUAUCCAUUUCUGUGGGCUUGGACUGUAAUUGGUACACAAUGGUUUACAAAGUCGAAAACUUGUUUACCUGAAGAAGGCCAGAAAUGGGGCUUUCUUAUUUGGUUGAUGUUUAGCUACUGUGGCCUCCUCUGCAUUGCUUUCAUCUGUGUCGGAAAGUGGUUGACACGAAGACAGGUACACUUAUUACGUGCUCAGCAGGGAAUUCCGAUUUCAGAGUUCGGGAUUUUAGUUGACAUGAUUAGGGUACCUGACUGGGCAUUCGAAGCCGCAGGCCAAGAGAUGAGAGGCAUAAGUCAAGAUGCUGCUACAUAUCAUCCUGGACUUUACUUGACUCCAGCCCAGACAGAAGCUGUUGAGGCACUCAUUCAAGAACUUCCUAAGUUCAGGUUAAAAGCUGUGCCAGAUGACUGCGGUGAAUGCUUAAUCUGCUUAGAGGAGUUCCAUAUCGGCCAUGAGGUUAGAGGUUUACCUUGCGCCCAUAAUUUCCAUGUGGAGUGCAUAGACCAGUGGCUGCGUUUAAACGUGAAAUGUCCCCGUUGCCGGUGCUCGGUUUUCCCAGACCUCGAUCUCAGUGCAUUAUCCAACCUCCAGAGCUCAGGAACCGAACAACAUUCACAAGUAAACACAGAAACAUCAGAAGCUCGGUACAUAAGAAGCCAACCUCAGAGCGAGAGCUACUUCUUGAGAGUUCAAUCCUUAAUUCACCCAGUCCACACAGAUACCGCUCUGGAGACUGCAGAGAACGGCGGGGUUCCUCCUGUCUUGACCGAUCUAUCUCCAUCUCGGAGAUGAGAGAAAGAAAUGAGCCUAUGGAAAUUUUUACUCAGUACUAACUCUCGACUGAUUUGCCAACCCACUCUCUUAAAAAGUUUUCAGCUUAAACAGUCUUGGAAUGUAAAUAAAUUGGGGUUUAAAGAAGAGAAAAACCAAUCUUGGGUUUACAUUUGGUAAGAGUGGAGUAUUAUUGAUCAUGUUCAAACUCUUUAAUGAUACACAUUGUUCAGGUUACUUAGUUAUGGUUAACCAGUUUUCUAUUUUAUAUACCCAAACCAUACGAAUAAAA